UCGGGGGUGAGCCUCAUUCAUUCAUUCCCCGUGGCGCUGAUGCUGGGCCUGGCUCUGCUCUCCCUGCCCUACAUGCUUCUCCGCCCUGGCUGCCGAAGGCCCCUUCCCGCCAUCUAAUGAUACACUCUGCAUACGCUUCUGUUGAAAAUUUGUGGCUAGACAUUCCUGUGGGACUGGGAAUCCAAAUUCUUGGUAGCCAGGAAAAAAUAAAACAACAGCCAACCAAGUCAAUCCCAACCCGACCCCCUGAAGGUCUGAUUUCUCGCCUUCCUCAGAGAGGGGCAUGGCUUCGAACAGCAUCUUCGAUUCCUUCCCGACCUACUCGCCAACCUUCAUCCGCGACCCGAGCACCAGCCGCCGCUUCACACCUCCCUCCACGGCCUUCCCCUGCGGCGGCGGCGGCGGCGGCGGCGGCGGCAAGAUGGGCGAGAACAGCGGCGCGCUGAGCGCGCAGGCGUCCGUGGGGCCCGGCGGGCGCGCCCGGCCGGAGGUGCGCUCGAUGGUGGACGUGCUGGCGGACCACGCGGGCGAGCUCGUGCGCACCGACAGCCCCAACUUCCUCUGCUCCGUGCUGCCCUCGCACUGGCGCUGCAACAAGACGCUGCCCGUCGCGUUCAAGGUGGUGGCGCUGGGGGAUGUGCCUGAUGGGACGGUGGUGACUGUGAUGGCAGGCAAUGACGAGAAUUACUCUGCUGAACUGCGCAAUGCCUCGGCAGUCAUGAAGAACCAGGUGGCCAGAUUCAACGACCUUCGCUUCGUGGGCCGCAGUGGGCGAGGGAAGAGUUUCACACUGACCAUCACCGUGUUCACCAACCCCACCCAAGUGGCCACCUACCACCGAGCCAUCAAGGUGACCGUGGAUGGACCCCGGGAACCCAGACGGCACCGGCAGAAGCUGGAGGACCAGACCAAGGCGUUCCCCGAUCGCUUCGGGGACCUGGAACGACUGCGCAUGCGCGUGACGCCCAGCGCGCCCAGUCCCCGCGGUUCCAUCAGCACCGCCAGCCACUUCAGCAGCCAGGCCCAGACCCCCAUCCAAGGCACCUCGGACCUGAACCCUUUCUCCGACCCCCGCCAGUUCGACCGCUCCUUCCCGGCGCUGCAGACCUUCACCGAGAGCCGCUUCCCUGACCCCAGGAUGCAUUACCCGGGGGCCAUGUCGGCCGCCUUCCCCUACAGCGCCACACCCUCGGGCAGCCUCAGCGUGGCCAGCGUGCCGGCCACCAGCCGCUUCCACCACACCUACCUCCCGCCGCCCUACCCGGGGGCCCCGCAGAACCAGAGCGGCCCUUUCCAGGCCAACCCGUCCCCCUACCACCUCUACUACGGCGCGUCCUCGGGCUCCUACCAGUUCUCCAUGGUGGCCGGCAGCGGGGGCGACCGCUCCCCCACCCGCAUGCUGGCCUCCUGCCCCAGCGGCGCCUCCGUCGCCGCCGGCAACCUCAUGAACCCCAGCCUGGGCGGCCAGAGCGACAGCGUGGAGGCGGACGGCAGCCACAGCAACUCCCCCACCGCCCUGAGCACGCCGGGCCGCGUGGACGAGGCCGUGUGGCGGCCCUACUGACCGCCCCGGGGUCAGAGCCCACUGCUCCCGACGGAGGCAGGGGCCCCACGAACCUUCCCGACAAGUGGCCGGCGCAGCUCUGAGGCCCCGGACGGGAAUGAGACUUAACGCUCCGGGCCGGUCACGGGCCCGGGGUCCGCGAAUCCUGGGCUCCAGAGCCGGCAGGUGGCUCCGAGAGCAUCUAGUCCAGCCACGCCGUUGUACAGACAGGCGGGGACCUCCCUCAGGUCACUGCCCCCGGCCCAGAUCCUCAUCAUCUCACCCCACGUGGGGAAAGUCUCCUGCCGCCUCCCCCGGAAUGACCUAGCUGUCCCCAGCUACGCCCGGUGCUGUCACAGGGCCCAGGUCCCCUGGGGCGGAGACCAUCUCUGUUCCAGACAGAGGUGACGUUUGCCCGCAUGGCUUGGCCCCACCCCACCUUCCUCAGAGAUCCCCAGCCCUCCCUCCACGUUCAUACAAACUGAGUCAGAAUUGGAAGGCCUCCCCACCCCUCAGAGGGUUUCUCCUCAUUGUAUACAUGGGGAAGGGACCCACCGAGCGGCCCAGGAAAUCGCUGGCAGAGAUGAGAUGAUAAGACCCCCGAGCCAGCUCCCCACCCAGCUCUGCUUCCCUAGAGUUCCCAGCAGCCCAAAGCCACCCCCCGCCUCCCCAGCUGUCUGUGGGUCCCAGGCCCAGAGUAGACUAGCCAAUGGCAGCAGGUCCCUAAAACCAGGAAAGACACCUGCAGGCAGGUCCUCCAUGCACUUUACCAGCCCAAGGCAUUCACCCUCUGUUCUCUUGGUGAAGGGCCAGGGAUUCCCCCCUUCCCUCUAGGCUGGUCUCGAAAUUGCCAUUUUUGGAGAGAGCGCAGGGACCAGAAAGGUCCUAGCAGAAGACAUUGGGUGAGAGGUCGUGGGGCUGGGUUUCAGCGUCCCGUCCCACGUAGGUCCAGCCAAGCUGUGCGCCCCCAACCCCCAGCCUUGUGGGCAGGCCCGGCCAGAGCCUCUGACAGCUCUCCAUCUUUAACUAGUCUGUGCUCCAAAAGCAGUCUGGAACAAAAACCAGUUCCGAAAGCUGAUUUUAGAGAAAGAAGCCUCGAAUGUUUUCAGACACACUGUCUGUCACAGGUAAAGCCCUGUCGUAGCGAACAACAUCCCCUCUGCCUUCUGAGAGUGUGGAACUGUUAAGCCCUCCACACCUCCCCCAGAGGCCAUGCUCCUCCAGCAAGCGUCCCACCGACUUCCACCAAAGGCCCACGUUGGUGGGGACCAGAGGGAAACCCAGGUGAUGCUGGAAUUCACAUCCGUGGCUCGUAGACAUUUGUAGGGGUGGAGAGCCGUGGCCGCGUGAUGGCGGAACAGAAGAGCCAUAAAGGGCCCAGCAGCCUCAGCUCAGCACCCCCUGGGCUCAGAGGUGAAGUAUCGCCCCUUUAGCUUGCAAAUGGGGAAGCCUCGGGGUUCAGGCUGCAUAGAGUCUCAUGUCUGAGUUUAAUUCUAAAAAGGCGUAAAUGGAAAAGGACAAGAAAACCCUUAAGGGCUAGACAGCGUGUGGUUUCUCGUCAGUUUCAGCCACAUCCUCUGUGGAUGUGACAAUCUCCCCUCCUUAGCUGUCGUCUCUGUAAUUGCUCUCGGCCUGCCGUACCGCCCCCGACCUGUAACAGCAGCCAGAUGAUGCACACCGGAUACACACUCCGGCAAGUUAGGAAGUCCUUCUGGUAACCUUACUCAGACCUCCCCUGCUGCAGUUUCUUUUGUCCUGUCCUCACUGGAAAAAGCAGUCUCCCAUCUCUUGGCGAUGGCUGCGGGGGGUGUCCUGCUGACUCCCUACACCCAGGGGGGCUCUCCACCCCUUCUCAGGAAGCAGCUACAGACCCAUCACCCUUGGACCUUGCUCGCUCCUGUCCUCUGUGGUUACAGACCGGCCCCCAGGCCCGCGGGGGGAGGCACCCAUGGGUUCCCAGCGCCCAGCACUUUGUAGCCCCACUCUGGAUUACUAGCCCUUCCUGAUAGCCAAGCCCUGGUAGGGGCAGAGACAGGAAAUAAAUUGAUCCCCCCUCCCGCCCCCUGACUAAAAGUGAUGAUAGCCAUGCCGAGUCCGACUCCAAGGCCCAUAGUGGGUACAGAGAGCAGGGGCUGCUAAAAAUGGGUCCUUGUUUACGAGGCUGCUUUAAAGUUGUAUUAGGCAAACACACUGAUUGAGAAAGCACAAGGAAACGGAGGGGUUGUGAUACCACGUUACUGUAAGCCUGUUGGUGGCGGGUACAGAUCCUUUGUGACAUAUUGUCACGUCGAGGUGUUAAUACCUCUGCCACACACCUAUCUUCAGUAAAUCCGUCCCGGAGCCGGGAAGAGGGUGGGGAGGGGUGGAAACUGCUUUGCACUAUAAUUUGCUUGAUGUGUUUGUUUUCAGUGCACAACUUGCUUGUACAGUAAACUGUCUGUCUUCUGUCCUAUUUAACUGUAAAAUGGAAUUUUGACUGAUUUGUUACCAUAAUAUAACUCGGAGACGUGUGGAAGGAUCCCAA